CAGAGACUCGGGCGCCCCACUUCCUGCUCCUGAGAUGCAGCGAGUCCCGGCUCUGGCCUCCUUGUGCAUUGUGCCUGCGAGUUCCGGCCAGGGGCUGCCCCGUUAUGUGUGCUCCUGGGAGGGCCCUACGGGGCUGGGGCAGGACCCGGAAACUGCCGAGACCCGCGCUUUCAACCUUUAUGUGACUGAUGCUCUGGAGCUCUGGAACACCAGCUUUACCCCGGAGAGUCUGGAGAAACAUAAAACCCAGCACGGCCUGGAUGGGGCUGAGGACUAUUCAGUGUGGUUCAGGGUUGCCAGUGACCAGCACACUUUAUCUUUGACGUUGAAGGAUGAUAGCAGUGCUUACCUGACUAUCACCAGGGGAACAGAAACUCUGACCUUUGAGCUUUCUAAGGUGCCCUGCCUUGAAGCAGCCCCACAACUCCAGGCUUUGAUGCUGGGAUUGGCAGAGCAAGUAUGCAGAUUGGAGAAGCAGCUGGCAGCUUUGAAGGAUGAGAGCCCCAGUCCCAGAAAGAAACCCCAGACAGGUGGGCAGCAGCUGUUUUUGCCAGAUCCAGAUUCUCGAAGAAGUGUCCCAGGCCCUGUGAUGAGGAAAUGGAUGCCAGGAGAGUCACUUAUCAAUCCUGGCUUCAAGAGUAAGAAGCCAGCCAGUGGAGUGGACUUUGAUGCUGUCUAAGACAUGUUGCGUCCUGUGUGAGGUUCCUGCCUCCCUGAGAAUGAAGACUUCAGGAGCAGCAGGAAGCUCCUGGGAAACCAAUAGGUUUCUGAGUCCUACAGGACAGGGAAAAGAGGAGGGGCCAAGUUGGCCCUGUCCAGAGGAGUGAGUGAUUCAUCAAGUCUGAUAGCUGGCUCCCACAUCAGCUGAUCUCCUAGAGCAAAGCAAAAUAAAUCCACAAAUAUUUAUUGUCAGUGUGUGUAACAUUCAGACUUUCCUUAGACUUAUCUCAGUCUAGGGAUGAGCCCAGAGACCCUUAGACCAGGACUUCCCCAACCCUCCAACUUAGGGAGAAGUCUGGUUCCCUGGUACAGGGUUGCUCUGGGUGUGGGGGCCAAAAGAUGUCAACAGAUUAUGUCACAGCUCAAACCUCCAGCCAGGCCAAACUGCUUUAUGAAGGCAGCUCCCUCUCCCUCCCUCCCUUCCUUCCUCUCUCUCUCAGUUUCGGGGGGUGGCUGGGAGAGGUGGGGCAGGCCUAGCUUGACCAGGAUGAAUCACCAAUGAGGGUCUCCCACCCUGGGAUCAAGCACUAUGUUUGUUUGUCCAUUACAAAUAUCAAAUGAGAUAAUAUUCAUAAAGUGCUCAGCACAAUGCCUGGCACAUAAUAAAUGUGGGUUUAA